CCCCCGGCUUCGAAGGCGGCGGCGGCGGCGAAGAAGGCGGCGGGCGCCGCGAAGUCGCGGAAGCCGUCCGGCCCCAGCGUGACGGAGCUGCUGACCCAGGCGGUGACGGCCUCCAAGGAGCGCGGCGGCAUCUCCUUGGCCGCCCUGAAGAAGUCCCUGGCGGCCUCGGGCUACGAUGUGGAGAAGAACAACAGCCGCAUCAAGCUGGGCCUGAAGAGCCUGGUGACCAAGGGCACGCUGCUGCAGACCAAGGGCACGGGCGCCUCGGGCUCCUUCAAGCUCAACAAGAAGCAGGCGGAGACCAAGGACAAGGCGGCCCGGAAGAAGCAGCCGGCCGCGACCGCGGCGGCCAAGAGCGCCAAGAAGCCAGCCGGCGCCGCCGCCGCCAAGAAG